GGGGGCGCCGCCAUGCCCGGCCCGGAGCCCUCGGCGCGUCCGCGGUUGCCGGGGAGACGCUUCCGGCGAGGCGAGAGUCGUCACUUCCGCCCGGCGCUAACGGCGGCGCUGGCGUUCUGUUGCCGAGACAACACUUCCGGUCCGGGGCAGGUGACACACGUGACUUCCGGCGGGCCGUGCGGGCCGGGCCCGGUCAUGGCGGCGGCGGCGGCGGCGGCGCAGGCGGAGGAGGAGAAGGACAAGGACGAGGACAACGACAACGACGCGGCUACGGCGGCGACCGAGGGCCGGGUGCGGGCUUGGGCGGCGGCGCAGGCGGCGCGCGGGCGGCGCGUGGCGCUGGUGACGUCGGGCGGGACGCAGGUGCCGCUGGAGGCGCGCGCCGUGCGCUUCCUGGAGAACUUCAGCAGCGGCCGGCGCGGCGCCGCCUCGGCCGAGCGCCUGGUGCGGGCGGGCUACGGCGUGUGCUUCCUGCACCGCGCCCGCUCCGCCUUCCCCUGGGCCCGCGCCCUGCCGCCGCACGGGCCCGCGCUGCUCGACGCGCUCCGCCUCACCCCGGGGCCGCCGCCCGGCGUGGCCGCCGCCCCCGCCGCGCUGCCCGCGCUGCUGCCCGCGCUCCGCGAGUACCAGCGCGCCACCGAGGCGGGAGCGCUGCUCGCCAUCGAGUUCACCGGGCUCGUGGAGUACCUGGCGCUGCUGCGUGCUGCCGCCCGCGCCCUGGCGCCCCUCGGCUCCAGCGUCAUGUUCUACCUGGCAGCCGCCGUGUCGGAUUUCUACAUCCCGGUCUCCGAGAUGCCGGAGCACAAGAUCCAGUCCUCGGAGGGGCCCCUGCAGAUCACAAUGAAGAUGGUGCCAAAAAUGCUGUCACCCCUGGUCAGAGACUGGGCCCCUGAGGCCUUUGUGAUUUCCUUCAAGCUGGAGACAGAUCCCCAGAUCCUCCUGGAUAAAUCCCGGCAGGCUCUGGAGAAAUACCGGCACCAGGUGGUGGUGGCCAACGUCCUGGAGUCCCGCAGAACCUCUGUCAUCAUCGUCACCAGGGACUCACAGACUCCCCUAGCCCUGUCCGAGGAGGAGAUAGCCCAAGGCGUGGAGAUAGAGGAGAAGAUUGUGAGCUACCUGCAGGGCCAGCACACGGCCUUCAUAGAGAGGAAGGGCUGAGGAGCAGCUGGCAGUGUGUCGGGGAGCGGGGCUGGAGCCUGGGCAGUGAAAAAGCAAUCCCCACGGAGCACCAGGAGGGCCGUCCAACACUCUGGCACUUUUAUACAGCUCGGCCACAGCUGUUGCAGCUUUGUAAAAGAGAAAUACAUGGGAGUGAAACCGUUCCAAAGGAUAUUUGUGCCGGUGUCUAAAGGAGGAAAGAAGCUUGUUGCUGUCCCGUGGGCUGGGAGAGCUGGGAGGAUGAGAAAUUGUGGAGGUCUCUGUAUAUAAAGAAUUUCUUGAAUCUUU